AUUGCGCUUGCGCGUGUCAACCCGGGCGCUUUCUUUUCCGGGUCGAAAAAUUUGCACACCACGGAUGAAUUUGAAGUUGUAGCAAUCGGGCCUAAUUUGCUAGCUACGUAUUUGAAUAAAACUUAUAACGUUUUUUAAAAAAAUCUAAUACAGGGCAUUCAACAGUAUUGUUCUGUAACUAUACGAUACAGCGAUGCCGAACCUUAGCUGUAGGUUCUACCAGCACCGGUUCCCUGAGGUGGAGGAUGUGGUGAUGGUGAACGUGCGCUCCAUUGCCGAGAUGGGCGCCUAUGUCAGCCUGCUGGAGUACAACAACAUUGAGGGCAUGAUCCUGCUGAGCGAGUUGUCACGCCGACGUAUCCGCUCCAUCAACAAGCUCAUUAGGAUCGGACGCAAUGAGUGCGUGGUGGUCAUCCGAGUGGACAAAGAGAAGGGGUACAUUGAUUUAUCAAAGAGAAGAGUUUCGCCAGAGGAUGCUAUCAAAUGUGAAGACAAAUUCACCAAAUCUAAAACCGUGUACAGUAUCCUUCGACACGUGGCUGAGGUGCUGGAGUACACUAAGGACGAGCAGCUGGAGAGCCUGUUCACGCGCACCGCCUGGGUGUUUGAUGAGAAGUACAAGCGUCCGGGAUACGGCGCCUACGACGUCUUCAAACAGGCUGUAUCUGACCCUGCCAUGCUGGAUGGGCUAGACCUGACCGAGGAGGAGAGGGCUGUGCUCAUCGACAACAUCAACAGGCGUCUAACUCCACAGGCUGUCAAAAUCAGAGCAGACAUCGAGGUGGCAUGCUACGGGUAUGAGGGCAUUGACGCUGUGAAAGACGCACUGAGGGCGGGGCUUAGCUGCUCGACAGAGGCCAUGCCCAUCAAGAUUAAUCUGAUAGCACCGCCACGCUACGUCAUGACCACAACCACUCUGGAGCGCACCGAGGGCCUGUCGGUUCUCAACCAGGCCAUGGCGGCCAUCAAGGAGAGGAUCGAGGAGAAGAGGGGCGUCUUCAACAUCCAGAUGGAGGCAAAGGUGGUGACGGACACGGACGAGACCGAGCUGGCCCGUCAGCUUGAGAGGCUAGAGCGGGAGAAUGCAGAGGUGGACGGAGACGACGAGGACGGAGAGAUGGAGGCUAAAGCAGAGGACUAGUCCAGUCAGCCCUGAAAGAAGGGAUGUUUGGAAGAAAACAGAAGGAGGGACAGACUUGGCCAUAGUCACUGUCCCACAGAUGUGUAACUCAUAUUACAUAGAGGUAUUCACUGGCUAAUAACCAUCUAAAUUGAUAAUUAGGGACUUCUCAGAAGAUGGAGAGAAACAUACAUUGCUAUUCUCUCAAGUCUAGAAAUGGAUAGACAAAUGUUUUAAAGCAAAUAAGAAACUAUACCAGUAACCAUUUUACAGUACAAAACCAAUUUGGAUCAAUUAUACCCAUAUAUAUGCAGAAAACUGUUUACAAGCAGUGGCCUUUCACUUUCUUGGAAAAAAGCCCCAGUAUCCAUCGCAAAUUCACCUCUCGCUGGUCACAGGAAGUGAUGCGUGUAAAAGAGGUAUAGGCUCUAGUUGUGUGUGAUACUGGCUUGGGUUACUUAUGUGCUGUUCCUCUGCCAGUAGUAUGGAUUUUUACUUGCAGGAUCUUGCUCAUGACAUCAAUAAAGUUCUACAAGUUUGA